AUGCAUAUUAAAGACCAAGAUGUGCUCCGAUUCAUUGAGGAACAGCAUCAUGUCGACUGGAGCCAUCACAACCUUGUCUUCCUCGAUGAAGUGUCAUUUAAUAAUCGGGGGAUGAUCAGGAAGCUUAAUGGUCUAAUUGAUUGCUUUGACACUCAAGGCACGUUUGAUCGCGUUGAGUUUCUCAAGUGCUACCAGGACUUUGCGUAUACGAAACGCAAUUUUGUUUGUCAAUAUCCAGGAUCUCACUCCGUGUGGAUCCUUGAUGGUGCUUCCAUACACAGACACCCGGAGAUCGUGCACGUUUUAUGGAUCAUUGGUAUCGUGCCAAUAUUUCUGCCAGCAUACUGCCUGUUCUUCAACCCUAUCGAGUAUAUUGCAGACAUUUCAGCGAUUUAA